AUGGACCCCCUGGGGAGCUCGCUGUUAUACCGGAAGAACGGUCGCGCCCAGGCUUGCGAGCCAUGCCGAAAGCGCAAGGUAGGAUGUGAUCAUGGCCAGCCCGUCUGCAGCCGGUGUCGAAAAGGAAAGAACCCAGAGGCGUGCGAGUACAUUGUCGAGAGCCCAACACGUAAGCGCUCUCGAGAAACUUCAUCGCCGCCCCCGGUCGCGUCCUUGGUCAAAGUGCAUCGCACCUCGCAAGCCGAACCUCGCAACUCCCGGCUGGCAUCGCCAACUUCGACACCAGGUAUUGCAGUCGUCACGCGCCCAGUAUCGGUGCCGAAAGAUGCCGUCGCCGUCUACGGCUUUCAGACACCCGACAAUGCGAGCCCCCAGCCCGUGAACACGGCGCCUGGCUUCCUCGGCUUCACGUCAUUCAGCGGCAUCUACGACGAAGCGCGCAGCAACCUCUCACUCCUUCACCCGCAAACGGUCACCGUAUCACUGGACUUUGAAGCGCGGAAAGACCCGAAAGAGACGCGGCGCAGCCAGAUGCUGGCUCCUGCCGUCUUGGAGACGUGCCUCGUCGUCCUGCGCCACAUUCCCGACGAGAGGCGAGGUCGGUCCCUGUUCAAAGCCCAUUACAACCUCUGCGACGGCUGGACCCAACCUGUGGCGCUGAAGACCCUAAACGCGCUGUACAAGGCGUAUGGAGAGUAUUUUGACGACAGCCGCGACGAUGUCAAGCUCACCAAGCUCGCCCACAUUAUUUGCGAGAACACGAGGAGACCCUUCUCCGAGAACGAACGCGAUCCCGUCAAGUGGGCCGCCCAGUUUUCUGGUCAUAAUACUCGGUGGGAGACGCUCGGCGUCUUGUUCACGUACUGGAGAAUGGGCGCCAUCGUCCACGACUACACCCAGCAACCAUUCGGCCCGGUCGGCUCGAUGAGCUGUGGGUUUACGAGAAAGCACGAGAUGCACCAGCAGUGCCUGAAGAAUUGCGCCGAGCUGGCGCGGGCGCAUUCCGAAUCGGGCAACACGAUGCUUCUGUAUGUCUUCUUCAAGAGGAUGAUUCUCGAAUCCGUCUCUGCGGGCGAUGCAAGCUUGUCCUGCUGGCAAUACCACGCCGAGAGCGUCUCGCUCAUGACGUUCCUUGGCUUGCAUGCCGAGACAAACACGGAGCCAUACAUCCCAUCGCUUGCGUCUGAAACCCGCAGGAGGUUGUUCUACUGCGUUUACAACAUUGACAAGGUUGUGUCGUCCUUUGUCGGCAGGCCGCCCAUGAUCAGUCGGAGAUACUUCAGCACACCGCCACCUCUGGACCUGCGAGACGAGUACCUGCUGGCGGAUGAGGCAACCAUGAUGAAGGGCGUGGCGGCAUUGGACGCGAACGGAUGGAAUACCGAGGGCGCUUUGUAUCCCACAACCAUUAUCAGAGCACGCGUGAAGAUGGCGAGCAUCCGCGAUGAGAUUAUGGAGAUUGCCAUGGGAAAUGGCACCACGUCGAUUGAGGCGUUGUUAAAUAUCAAGGCCCAGCAUCUGGCGAUCUGGGCCAGCUUCCCUGAUGUUCUGAUCCUCAAACCUGACGACAUCAAGGAUGCAUCCCUCGAGAUGGCCACGCUGUACAGCCGCAUCAUCAUCCGCCUCGAGUACCUGCAAAAUCUCUUCUUUUUGGAGAGAUUGCUCGUUCGUCGGGGGCACAACAGCAGUGGCGAGCUCCUUUCGGUCAGCUUCGACAUGGUCACCACGACGCUCAUGACAUGGACAAACAUGGAUCGGUUGGGUAUCGUACAGUCAGAUUUGAAGUGGCUGGUCAUGGCUUUCGCCGCGCCAGGAGGUGGCAUCCUCUGCCUCGAGCUCCUCGAGCCCACUCUCCAUGGCACCCACCCCAGCAACCCGUCCAUAGAUCGCUCACGCAUCGUCCAGAAACUGAGCCUGCUCGUUGGCUUCCUCGAAUGGGUUGGCGAUGAGGCCCCCAAUGGCAACCUCUGCGCGCACUGCAGGGCACUGGUGCAGCACGUGCUCGACCAGACGCUGAAUCCCCCGCCCGAGGGUGCACCGGGUCUCGAGAUGGCCGAUUUCGACUUUUCGACGCAGGCGGACUUUAACUUUGAGCUGUUGGAUACAUUUGACUGGCUGAGGCCAGAAAACAUGCCCGCUGCAUAG